GCUCUUUUUCUAUAUGAUGGCAGCACUAUCCCAGUAUUACUUCAAGGGUUAAUUUGUGUUGCACGACACGUAUUUUACCCAUGAACUGCGUAAAUCGUGUUUUCUAUCACAAAUUGUCCGAAACCACAUCAUUAAAAGGUUCAUUGUGUUGUUAAAUACAUAUUUGUAAUGAAAAUGAAGAUUCCAAAUAAUCGUUCUGGGAACGAUUAUGGAAAUGAAACAGGAAUUAUCUCUUACAUGGAUAAUAAUUUUGAUUCUGAAAUCGAUGUACAAGGAACAGAAGAAAGUGAUUUUUCUGAGUACCUUUGGAUGGAAAAUGAGGAAGAAUUUGAUAAAGAGGUGAUUCAACAAUUAAUGGAAGAAGAAUUAACAGAAGAAUGUUUAAAAGCAAUGUGGGAAGAUGAAAGACAUGAACGAAAUACAAAUUCUAUUGCUUGGUCUACUGCUACAAGCAUGCCUGAGAAUAAUAGUGCUGAACUUUGCCAGCAACUUAGUAAUCUAAAAAUGCAUGAUGAUCUUGCUAAGCAGAGUACAUUGAAUCCAAAUGCAGCUGAAUUUGUUCCAGCAUUCAAAUCAGCAGUAACAUCUAUCUGAAAGUUUUUAUAUACUGUAGUAUGCGUUUCUAAAUGAAACACUUUUCUAAGAGUUCCUUUUGUAACACUUAUUUUGUACUGGUAUACAUCUUCUAUAUCAUUGUGACAUGAAUUAAUAUUAAAUACUGAAGUCGUUAAGACUGAUGUAAGUAAAAUAUAUUGCACCCAAUGCAUAUUUCAUUUAUAAAACAAUACUUAACGCAUCUAAUUAUACAAGAGAACAAUUUUAAUUUUUAUUUUUAUUAUCAAUUUUUUAUUUAAAAAAUUCUGGUCGUGUUAUAAUUCUGGUCCUCUAUCAGCAUAUGUCUUGAAAGACUUGAAGAUCUCAAGGGAAAGUCUUACACAGGCUGUGAAGGACAUUUUUUCUGACUCUAUUUUGUACAUUGAGAGCCAAUGUACUACUUAUUUACUUUAAUUAAGUAAUAAAAUUAUUAUAAAAUGAUAUUUUAAAACUGAUUAGAGUAUGUAUAUGAAAUGUAAUAUUAUUAAAAAAUAUAAGUGGUGAAUGUAUUUUACAUUAUUAAUCAAAAUUGAAAUAAUAAAAGUAUUAACAUUUUCUCAUUAUCUUGAUAUAUUAUAAAAUUUUGUUAACGAAAUUUAAAGUUUUUAGUAAUGAAAUUUUUAAGAAAUAAAAUUAUAUUUUAAUAAUCAUUAAUCAUACAUAUUCGCCACUUAUACUCUUUGAAUAAACAUAUUUAUGUACAAAUUCUAUUAACAUUCUCUGCAUUGUGAUAGAUACAUACAUGAUUUUAUAAAACCGCAUGAAUUAAAUUUAUAUUACUUUAGCUACAAUAUACUUUAGUAUGAAUGCAA